CAAGGAGACCGCAGCAGCAGACAACUAACACUCCGACUAGCCGUCGACAACAAAAUAUACAGGUUUGUCGGAGUGGGCUGUUCCGUUUUUUUUCGCUUACACAGUGGCUCGGCUGUCCGCGUGGUUUCCUGGGUGACAGGCACGGUUAUUCCUUGAACGGGAAAAGCCUGACCGGAAUACGCGGGGGGACACGUUCGGCCGCGCAAGUGCGCCCGGGCGUCGUAUUCAGAGUACACGCCAUUCAUGAAGACAGACCCUUCCCUUCAGAAACGGACAGGUAGCAGUGGUGGUGAUAUCGUGGGAGCAGAGAGAAGUGAAGGAGUGAUUACCAUGACUACGACGGGAGCCCAGUAUGCCCUUGCAGCAUCCGCCAGAGCUAAUAACAGUGGGGGUAACUCUGCAACAGUGGGGGUGGAACCUAAGCCAAGCGUCGUUGUUGUUACCACUUCCAGUUCCAGUGGCAGUGGUAGUGCAGCACAGAGUCAAUCUACAAGGGGACAGCAACUUAUCACUGUUGUUACGAGCCCUGAUCCUUCCAGCCCAAACAAUCUACAACCUAUACAGUUGUUGGUGCAGGAUCCACUUGACACAUCUGCAGAUUCUUCCAAUGGCUCAACAGGUACUCCAGCGCAUGUUACAGCACAGGUUGUAGUGAACACUACACAUUCGGGUCAGCACACUAUUGUCGAUUCAGACUCUGCGUCCACAUCGGCUGGCACUAUUGUCAGUGGUUCUCCACAUUUCAUCACUGUUACAGGCACCAGUGAUUCACCAUCCUACGCGUCCCUCACAACGGCAGUAGUAUCAGGUGAGCCAGAGGCAGUGGGGUCCGAAUCAGUCUCUCACCCUACCUAUGUUCAAUAUGUUGAGGGGGAUGGUUCCACGUAUAUACCGACGAAUGGUCAGAUGACAUAUCCUGUAUACGCUGUUGGGGAAACAGGAGCAAUGUACACUCCUGCUUCGAGUCAAUAUUACACACCAGCAUCUACGCCAGUGACAUAUGCACAGGUCACUGGUCAAGGUUCGAAUUCGACGACAGGACAGCUAUUAUCUCAGGGCAACGGCACGUAUCUGAUUCAACAAAGCGUCGUGGAUGGCGAUCCUACUGCUCACGCAUUAAUAACAGCUGCUGCACGAGCUAGUCCACAAACGGAGAAUGCGGAAACUGUGGUUAGCGGGGGUGGAGGGGCAUACUUGAUCAGCGGUAAUGCAGGAGGUACCACUGUCACCGUGGAAGAUGCUGCAGUUGCGGCAGCAAACAUGACGCAUGCUACUAGAGUUUCCCAAGCAACAGUUCACUGGUUGCUUGAAAAUUAUGAAACAGCGGAUGGUGUCUCUCUCCCAAGAUCAACCCUUUAUAAUCAUUACCUGCGUCAUUGUUCUGAAAAUAAAUUAGACCCUGUGAACGCAGCAAGCUUUGGAAAAUUAAUUCGCUCUGUCUUUUUGGGUUUAAGAACCAGACGGUUAGGCACCAGAGGAAAUUCAAAAUAUCAUUACUAUGGGAUUCGAGUGAAACCGAGUUCUCCUCUGGUAAUGUUAAAUGAGGAUGGAACACCUCGUCAGCAACAAAGCGCAAACUCUCAAACGAAGCGAUUUAAAUUUGUAAACCAAAAGCAAGACACUACGUAUGAAAAUAAUACGCAUUCAAAUACAAAUAUCACGUCAAACACUUCACCGCCGCAGUACCAUCAGUAUCUCGGCGAAGCGAGCGGUGCAAUUCCAGAAUUUCCCGAAAUAAUCGUUGGCCAUGGUUCGUCUCUGCCCGAGGAUUGUACGUUAGAAGAUAUCGACACGUUUCGGAGUAUAUACAGGGAACAUUGCGAAGCGUUUCUGGAUGCUGUUCUCAAUUUUGAAUUCGCUACCGUGGAAAGCCUGUGGAGAGAAUUUUGGCGUAGCCAGGAUAAUAAUAACGGUGACGAGUGCGAGGAAGAGAAAUAUUUAUCGAAAACCAAACUGUAUCAGAUGUGUAAGUGUUCCGAAGUUCAAGAUUUCAUUAGAAAAGUUGACUAUACAUUUUAUCAGAACUUGGUCGAAGUACUAAUGCCAAAUGUAUUACGACCUAUACCAAGUUCGUUGACACAGUCUAUUCGAAAUUUUGCAAAAGGAUUAGAAUCGUGGCUAACGUCAGCAAUGGCUGAUUGUCCGGAAGAAAUGACGCAAAUAAAGUUGACCGCCGUAUCUGCGUUUGCUCAGACACUAAGGCGUUACACGUCUCUGAACCACCUUGCUCAAGCCGCACGUGCAGUUCUUCAAAAUUCUAGUCAAAUAAAUCAAAUGUUGGCGGAUCUGAACCGUGUUGAUUUUCAUAAUGUACAAGAACAGGCUUCGUGGGUUUGUCAGUGCGAUUAUGCAAUGGUGCAACGCUUGGAGGCAGAUUUUAAAGUAACCCUGCAACAACAAAAUUCAUUGGAAGAUUGGGCGAUUUGGUUGAAGAGUGUCGUGACGCAAGUUCUUAAACCAUUCGAAGAGAAACCUACCUUUGCAAAGGCUGCGCGUCAAUUUUUGCUCAAGUGGUCCUUUUACAGCUCUAUGGUUAUUCGUGACCUCACUUUAAGGAGUGCAGCUAGCUUUGGGUCUUUUCACCUCAUUCGGUUAUUAUACGAUGAAUACAUGUUCUACUUGAUUGAACACCAAGUAGCAAUUGCCACAGGAACAACUCCAAUAGCUGUUAUGGGAGAUAAGAGUCAAAAUUGCUCUUUAGUCAAUGUAUUUGGCGCGACUUCUAACGGAGAUACAUCAAACACAAAUCAACCAAAGCGUAUGAAACUAAGCUAACUGCGUGCCUACGCCCCUAGUUUGCAAGUAAACCAGUAGCACUUGAGAGGGAAACGUUAGCACAAGAGCAUGCAGGCCUACUAACACACUAGUCCCAUAAAUUAUAAUUUUGUAUAAGAACGAGAUCUUGUCGCAUUAUGACUUAACAAAGGAAGGAUUUUUACAUAACGCCCAGGAUAUAUACAAACUAAGUAAGUCUGUGUGAUAUAACAUGUAGGAAUAUGUACUGCAGUCUUGUUUCGUACAAGGAAGCAUUAUAAUUCAAGUGUAAGGUAUCGCUGGCACGAUGUUUAGUAUGUUAAUGUAUCUUCUAGUCGAGACAUCUUUGAAAAAUAUAUGGGACCAUGAAUUUAUCAUGCCCCUAUAGCAUAUACAUAAUAUCGAAAGCUUGCUCGAUUUAGUUUUCUUAUUUCGACGACGUUUCCCGAAGUCGAGACUUCGAUGAAUUUAGUGAAAUAUGUAGUAGUACUUAUUUAUUUAUGUUAGUAAAUUGAAUUGAUUUAUAUAAAAGGUUAUCCCGCGUUUUGUAUUAUUUAAAUAUUUUAUUUAUGAGAUGUCUAUGAGUUUCACUUGAAUGGAAUGUUACGUAAAAAUAAAAUCGAGUGAGCUUGAAGUAGUAAACUUCAGUUUGUGCAAAAAAAUGUAUUCUCAUAUCGACGGAUUCUAUUUUGCACAAAUACUUGAGUAACGUUUAAUGAAAU